AUGACACAUAUCAGGCCCCGUGCGAAUCUAAACACAAAAUCUACUAUAUAUCAAUCUAAGCGCCAUCUACAUUUUAAUGGACUCACCAAAGUCUUUUACAAUUUUGCCUCCAACCGCAUCCAAGCAUUCAACCCUCCAGGUCUCCUCUCAAAACUUAGCGACGAUCUGAAAUUCAGCCAAGCCAUCGUCCUGCCCCCAAAUGCCUCUUUGGUCGUGACUUCGGGUCAGUGUGGCUUCCGGAAGGAUGGGAGCGUGCCCGAGGAUGUACACGAGCAGAUUGGAUUGUCUUUCUCCAGCAUCGAGAAGACACUCCACGUAGCUUGGGUCGUGCAAGGAUGGACAAAUGUGUACCAUAUCAUGACUGCCAGCAUUUCUAUUACGAGGACGUGCUUGAUUUAUCUUACAGACAUCAGAGGUAGCCACGAAGAGGCUAAGGAGCAUUUUCCGAUGGCAAGAUAUGCGGCUGAGCUCUGGACAGGCUAUGCUGCGUUAGCUCAGGAUUCGGAAGAUAUCGUUCAGAAGACUGUCAAGUUCAUUGAGGAGGAAGUGACAUUCCAACGAUGGAGUCGUUUGUAUCAGGCUGAUAGGAGUUGGGCCGAUGAUCCUGGCCCGCCGCGAGCUUCCAAGCUCUACUAUGCUUGCCUCAAUAGGCUCUUGGCUGCUGCAAGAGUACUUAUUACCAAGGGAGAAGACAUCGACGCGCAAGGCGGGGAAUACGGUAAAUGCUCUCCAGGGCGUCUCGUUCGAAGGCUAUCAAGAGAUUGUCAAACUGUACUUAAUACAGAGGAAGCGAAUGCUUCUGAAGAAGGGUAUCACGCGGAUUUGUAG